UCUCUUUCCUUUCUUCUUCUUUCCUUCUCUUUCUCUCAUUCUUUCUACUUCACCGCUAAUUCGAAAAUCCAAAAAACAAAGAAAAAAUAGUAACAGAAAAAUCGUGAAGAUUCUUUAGAGUGAAGAAAUGGCGUCAAGCGAAUCUAAUUCACAGAUGAAGGUCGUCCAUGGCGAUGCUGGUUACAUACUCGAAGACGUUCCUCAUCUCUCCGACUACGUUCCAAAUCUUCCUACAUAUCCUAAUCCACUUCGAUCUAAUCCAGCUUACUCGGUUGUUAAGCAGUAUUUCGUGCAUAUGGAUGACACCGUUCCUCAGAAGGUUGUUGUUCACAAAGAUGGCCCAAGAGGUGUUCAUUUUCGACGUGCAGGACCUCGACAAAAGGUAUAUUUUAGAUCAGAUGAUGUCAUUGCUUGUAUUGUCACAUGUGGUGGUCUCUGCCCUGGCCUCAACACUGUCAUAAGGGAAAUUGUGUGCGGUCUUUCUUACAUGUACGGUGUCGACAAAGUCCUUGGCAUAGAUGGUGGUUAUAGAGGUUUUUAUUCGAAGAACACCAUUACUUUAACUCCUAAAGUGGUCAAUGACAUCCAUAAGCGUGGAGGAACGAUUCUUGGGACAUCCCGAGGGGGGCAUGAUACUGGCAAGAUAGUUGACAGCAUCCAGGAUCGGGGAAUUAAUCAGGUUUAUAUCAUUGGAGGAGAUGGAACACAGCGAGGAGCUGCUGUGAUUUAUGAGGAAGUUAGACGGCGGGGUCUGAAAGUAGCAAUUGCUGGUAUUCCAAAAACCAUAGAUAAUGACAUCCCGGUUAUCGACAGGUCCUUUGGUUUUGAUACUGCAGUUGAGGAGGCUCAACGUGCCAUUAACGCAGCACAUGUUGAGGCUGAAAGUGUUGAGAAUGGCAUUGGUGUUGUAAAGCUAAUGGGUCGUUAUAGUGGUUUUAUUGCGAUGCAUGCUACACUUGCUAGUAGAGAUGUGGACUGUUGCUUGAUUCCAGAGUCACCCUUCUACCUUGAAGGGAAGGGUGGACUUUAUGAAUUUAUUACGAAAAGGCUGAAAGAAAGUGGACAUAUGGUCAUAGUCAUAGCUGAGGGAGCAGGACAAGAUCUGCUUACAGAAAGCAUGCAAGACAUGGACCAGAAGGAUGCUUCUGGAAACAAGCUACUUCAAGAUGUUGGUUUAUGGAUAUCUCAUAAGAUCAAGGAUCAUUUUGCAAAGGAGAAUAAGAUGGCCAUUGUUCUUAAAUAUAUAGAUCCAACUUACAUGAUCCGGGCAAUUCCAAGCAAUGCAUCAGACAGUGUCUACUGCACACUUCUUGCUCAGAGUGCAGUUCAUGGUGCAAUGGCUGGGUAUACUGGAUUCACUGCUGGACUUGUGAAUGGCAGACAUACUUAUAUUCCAUUCAACAGAAUCACCGAGAAGAUGAACAACGUUGUGAUUACUGACAGAAUGUGGGCAAGAAUGCUUUCUUCAACAAACCAGCCAAGCUUUUUGAAACCCAAAGAUGUUCAUCAAAUAAUGAAAGCAGGACAAUCCCCAACUCAGUUGUUAGAAGGGAGCAAUUGCAAUGGUGGCGGUGAGGAAGCGAAGAAAGUAGAGCAAAUUCCCACUCAGUUGAUGGAAGGGGACAAGAGCAAAGAUAAUCAAAAAUCAAGAAACCUCGCUGACAGUGACAGUUGUAUCAAGAAAUAAAAUUAGAUAAGGCCUUGUAUUCCAAAAUUGUAUUUGGUGGAGUUUCUAGUGAUAUGAUGAAGUUUUGCUGAAAUGAUUAGACUUA